AUGUUUUCGGCAGCUCAUUCGCUUCCUGUUUUUGGUAGACUUGUCGGAUCGGGCAGGCAACGCGGACCGGGUAGUGACAUAGCCGUAGUCCCAUGGAUUUCACGUAGUACCUCUUUUCGUAGGAUAUGUCCGACUCCCCGCAUUCGGCCUUCUGCUGCUGCCCACCGGGGAGGUGCGGGGCUGCUCCGUCGCCGGUGGACGUGGCUUCGGCCUCCAACUUCGAGAGCUUCUCGCUGCGGCACCUGGACUUGCGGCUCCAACUAAGCUUUCCCGAAAGGGAGGUACGUGGCCGUCUGAGCCUACGCCUCUGCCCACUUUCCUGUGGAGUCGCCACGCUGGUUCUGGACACUCACCCUUCACUGCUCAUCCAUUCGGUAGACUGCUGUCUCCCCGAGGGCUUUCUGUGCACUGGUCUGCCCUACCGUAUCGAGCCCUUCACCGAAUACGGGGCGGCGCUGAGCAUCGCGCUGCCGGCAGCUGCUCAGGAGCCGCACCGGGGCUUCGAAGUAAUCGUCCUGUACACGGCGAAGGAUGCGCCGGCGAUCUGGUGGCUGGAUGCUGAGCUGACCUGUGGGAACUUGAAGCCUUUUGUCUUCACUCAGGGCCACUCUGUAUGUAACCGAUCCUUCUUUCCCUGCUUUGACACACCUGCUGUGAAGAGCACGUACUCGGCUACGGUCACGGUGCCUGAGGGGGUCCAGGUCCUAAUGAGUGCUACAUGUAGCGCAUACAGUGAGCAGGAUAAGGCCUUUCAGUUCCACAUGGAACACCCAGUUCCUGCCUACCUCGUAGCCCUGGUGGCUGGAGAGUUGAUACCAGCUGAUAUUGGUCCACGGAGUCGUAUUUGGGCAGAGCCCUGCAUCCUGAAUAUGGCUGUCAGUAAGCUGAAUGGCCAAGUGGAGAGCUGGCUGUGUGCAGCCGAAAGACUUUUUGGACCCUAUGUAUGGGGAAGAUACGACAUUGUGUUCCUUCCACCCUCUUUCCCCAUCGUUGCCAUGGAGAAUCCCUGUUUGACAUUCAUCAUCUCUUCCAUUCUGGACAGUAGUGACUUUCUAGUGGUGGAUCUCAUCCACGAGAUUGCCCACAGCUGGUUUGGCAAUGCAGUGACCAAUGCCACCUGGGAGGAGAUGUGGCUGAGUGAGGGGCUGGCGACAUAUGCACAGAGACGCAUCACCACUGAGGCAUUCGGAGCUGCUUUCACCUGUCUGGAGACAGCCUUCCGAUUGGGUGCCCUACACCGGCAAAUGAGGCUGCUGGGAGAAAACAACCCAGUGAGCAAGCUGCAAGUAAAGUUUGAGUCAGGAGUGAAUCCCAGCAGUCUCAUGAAUCUCUUCACCUACGAGAAGGGCUUCUGCUUCAUUUCCUACUUAGCUGAGCUGUGUGGUGACCCCCAACGUUUCGAUGACUUCCUUAGGGCCUACAUUGAGCGCUUCUGUUUUUGUAGUGUGGUGGCCCAGGACCUCCUAGACUACUACUUGUGCUUCUUUCCUGAGCUGCAGGACAGCAGUGUUGCUGACCGUGAAGGUUUGGAGUUUGAGCGCUGGCUUAGUGCUUGUGGGCCACCCCCAUCCGAGCCAGACUUGUCCCAGGGCAACAGCCUGACAGAGCCUGUUGAAACACUGUGCCAGCUGUGGACUGCUGGUACUCUAGACCUACCUACCAUUACUUUGCAUAACCUAGCACAGUGGCAGACCUUCCAGAUGGUGCUAUUCCUAGAUAAGCUGCUGGAUCGCUGCCCCCUGUCUCAUGAGGUCAUGAGCCGACUUGCUCGCUGCUAUUCGCCACUGCUGGACUCAAACGCAGAAGUUAGGAUUCGCUGGCUGCAGUUGGUGGUCAGGAGUGGCUACUUCCCUGAACUUCACAAAGUGCGCCGGUUUCUGGAAGACCAUACCUCCAGAAUGUACACUGUCCCCCUAUAUGAGGAUCUUUGUAGCAGCUCCCUAAAAUCCAUUGCAGUGGAUGUUUUCUGCCAAUCCCAGAGUCGUAUGCAUGCAAACUUGCGAAAGACACUUCAGCAGAUCUUGUCACAGUGCGUGGGUCCACUUGGUAGCACUCCUGUGGGAGACGAACGAGCAACGGACACCACUGGAACAGUAGCCCUUCGAGACGUCAAUGUGUCAGCAUGACCAGUGCCUUGGAUCGUUUAACUGAGAAAUCACUAAAGUAGGCACACAGUGACCAGUUUUCAGACGGCUUUUAGUGGCAACUCUUUGAAGUGUUGUCUUGGGUUUUGACACCAAUUUAGCCUGAGUCUGGAAAAAAUGAGUCCAGCAAUCAAGUGCCUUUUAGAUAUGUCCACUCAGGGAGACAAAGCUACAGUAGACCUGUAGCCGCAAAACAAGAUUUGCAGCAAGGCACGUAGGCUACAAAUUUGCGUUACCUGAGGAAGAGUUUAGUGAGUGAGGAGUGAGAGCCAUUAAAAUGAAGGAUAUGUUGAUUUAAAAAAA